AUGGACAAUAGUGGCAACCACACGGCGACCAAAAUCCUAGCGACUCCUCCGUCCAGAGAAAGCCUGUCUGCCAGGAGCAACAUGAUCAGCACGCCCAAGCCACUCGCCUUCUCCAUUGAGCGCAUCAUGGCGCGGACUCCAGAGCCCCGCUCCAUCCCCGUCCCGCAGCUCCUUCAUGGCUCCGUGGCCAAAGGCGACCCCAAGCAUCCGCUGCACCUCAACUCCUCCAUCCCCUGCAUGAUCCCCUUUGUCCCGGUGGCGUACGAUACCCUGCCCAAAGCAGCGGUGGCUGGAGCGGAACCCAGGAAGGCUCACUUAGAUUCCUCUUCCUCGCCCUCCUUUAGCUGCGGCGAUCUCUUGAACUGUGCCCUGAGCUUGAAAGGAGAUUUCCCCCGCGAUGCCCUGCCCUUGCAGCAGUACAAACUGGUAAGACCCCGAGUGGUCAAUCACUCCUCCUUCCACGCCAUGGGAGCCCUGUGCUAUUUCAACCGAGGCGACAGCCCCUGUCACCCGUCCUCCAGUGUCAACAUCCACCCGGUGGCUUCUUAUUUCCUCAGCUCUCCCUUGCACCCGCAGCCCAAGGCUUACCUGGCGGAGCGGAACAAGCUGGUGCUACCGACCGUGGACAAGUACCCGGCGGGGGUGGCCUUCAAGGACUUAUCGCAGGCUCAGUUGCAGCACUACAUGAAAGAAAGUGCUCAGAUCCUCUCGGAAAAAAUCGCCUAUAAGACGUCGGAGUUCAAUCGCGGUUCCCCGAGCAGCAAGCCCAAAGUUUUCACGUGUGAAGUUUGUGGAAAGGUAUUUAAUGCACAUUAUAACUUAACGCGCCAUAUGCCGGUACACACGGGAGCCAGACCCUUUGUUUGCAAAGUUUGCGGGAAGGGCUUCAGACAGGCGAGCACGCUGUGCCGGCACAAGAUCAUCCACACCCAGGAAAAGCCACACAAGUGCAACCAGUGCGGCAAAGCUUUUAACCGGAGCUCGACCCUGAACACGCACACGCGAAUACACGCCGGCUAUAAACCGUUUGUCUGUGAAUUUUGUGGCAAAGGAUUUCACCAGAAAGGCAAUUACAAAAACCACAAACUGACUCACAGCGGGGAGAAGCAGUUCAAGUGCAAUAUCUGCAACAAGGCUUUUCACCAGGUGUACAAUCUGACCUUCCACAUGCACACCCACAACGACAAGAAGCCCUUCACCUGCCCCACCUGCGGCAAAGGCUUCUGCAGGAACUUUGACCUCAAGAAGCACGUCCGUAAACUGCAUGACAGCGCCCUGGGACUGCCCCGGCCCCCCGCUGAGCUGGGGGGGCCCGACCCGCCGCCCCCGCCCGGGGCGCUGCUUCAGGGCCCGCCGCCGCUCCAGCCGUGAGGGGCGGCCGCGGCCCCGCCGGUGUGAGCCCCACCGCCUCUUUGCAUGCACCUGUUAAGCGGUUUUGUGUAUUAUGCUUUAUAUCGCCACUAACGUUAAUGGGACUGGUUGUUUCCUAUGUUUUUUUUAAAUUUUUCUUUGUUCUUUACAGACUACUUUUUUUUUGUUGUCGUUGCAUCUCAGGUGGAGAGAUGGUUAAAAAAAAAAAAAAAAAAAAAACCAACAAAAAGCGCCAGGCCAAUUUCUGCUGUAUUUAUUUGGGAAGCUGUAUUACUCGAGCCGGGAAUGCUGCACCAUUUUAAUUAUUUCGAUGUAUAUAUAUUCCCCUUGUGUUGAUCCUGCCCUGCCUUCGCUGUCUGCUGGUUAUCCUACUCUUCUUGGUUCCCUUCUCUCCCUCUCCCCCUGAAUAUCGUAUCUAUAUGGACACAAAUGUUCUCUAUGUACGGAUUUGAAUUUCGCAUUGAUUUUUGC